UGUCGGCCGUCUUUACUGAUAGCCUGCCUCUCUCGUGCUGCAGUUUCAUAAUGGAGCCAUCAGGGGGUGGGACUUGUGCAGACACAAAAGGCUGAUGGUGCUGCCACAAGUGACAGAGAACAACAGAGAGACCAGAGGAGCAGAUUUGUGUCUGAGCAGCAGCCAUGAGGAGAGCAGAGCAGCUGUAGGAGAAGUGCAUCAUCAGUGAGUCUGCGUCCGACUGGAGCAGGGUUGGACUUGUGGAGAAAAGUCUUAAGUGUUGCACAUCACGGAGAUAAACUACAUCAAUGAAGACACCUGGCAUGGCGGUGUUCAAGCAACAGAAUGUGGAUGAUUUCUAUGAAAUUGGAGAGGAACUCGGGAGUGGGCAGUUUGCAAUUGUCAAACGCUGCAAAGAGAAGAGCACGGGCAUCGAGUACGCAGCCAAGUUCAUCAAGAAGCGCCAGAGUCGGGCCAGCAGACGCGGCGUGAGGAGGGAGGAGAUCGAGAGGGAGGUGGACAUCCUGCAGCAGAUCCAGCACCCCAACAUCGUAGAGCUGCACGAUGUGUACGAGAACCGCACAGAUGUGGUGCUCAUCCUUGAACUGGUGUCUGGAGGGGAGCUGUUCGAUUUCCUGGCUCAGAAGGAGUCUCUCAGUGAAGAGGAGGCCACUCAGUUUAUCAAACAGAUCCUAGAUGGAGUACAGUACCUCCACUCCAAGAGGAUCACACAUUUUGAUCUGAAGCCUGAAAACAUAAUGCUGCUGGACAGGAACGUUCCUCUACCCCGCAUCAAACUCAUAGACUUUGGACUGGCACACAAAUUAGAAGCUGGGGCGGAUUUCAAAAACAUUUUUGGAACUCCUGAGUUCGUUGCUCCAGAGAUAGUCAACUAUGAGCCACUGGGAUUGGAGGCAGACAUGUGGAGCAUUGGAGUCAUCACAUAUAUACUCUUGAGCGGCGCUUCGCCUUUCCUCGGCGACACGAAGCAGGAGACGCUGGGUAACAUCUCGGCGAUGAACUACGACUUCGACGAGGACCUCUUCAGGAAUACGAGCGAGCUGGCCAAGAGCUUCAUCAGACAGCUCCUGGAGAAGGACACGAGAAAGCGGAUGACGAUACAAGACGCCCUCAGCCAUCAUUGGAUUAAGUCCUGUGGCCCCACAGAGGAGGAUAGCGCUGCGCCUGAGGCGGAGAAGAAAGCGGAGCAGCUGAAGACGAAGCGUCUAAAGGAGUACACCAUCCAGUCCCACUCCAGCAUGCCCCAGAACAACACGUAUGCCAACUUUGAGCGUUUUGCGCAUGUGGUGGAGGACGUCGGCCUGAUGGAGACGGGGCUGUCGGAGGUGGCAGGAGCCCAACACACUCUGCAGGGUGAUUUAGAAGCUCUGCUCUCCAUCUACAACGAGAAGGAGGCCUGGUACAAGGAGGAGAGCGAGACUGCGAGGAAGCAGCUGUCCCAGAUCCGCUACGAGUUCCGCAAGGUGGAGGCCACGAGGAGGCUGCUGCAGGAGGACAUGAAGGCUAUAGAUGCCAGUCUGGAGAGCAUCAGUGGGAAGCACAGCCAGAGGCAGAGUCAGCUGGACGCUCUGAGGCAGGAGCUGAACUCUGAGCUGCACUGGCUGCGGGAGGUGAUGACCUCUCUGCAUCCGGAAGGAGCCAACGGCAGCAUCCUCAACAGCAGUCUGAGUACGGACGUGAAGCGGGCGCUGAUGGAGCUGCUGCAUCAGUCCUGCAGGAGGGAACUGUGUCCCGAGGCCACACAGCCGCUCACAGAGUCUGGCUAACGUGCACUGACCUCAAAGAGCUUUACAGGCUGUUUGACUUCAACACAUGAAUUUUUUUCAGCAGCACAAACCUUUGAAUGUAUGCCUGUGUAGUCUUUACCUUUUCUUGAUUUCACUGUUUUUUCUUGUGCAAACUUGGUAGUACGAUACUUUCAGUUUGAGUAAUAGUAGGAAUACGAGUAAGAUGGGAAAAUAUGCUUAUUUAAUUCUUGCUGACAGUUAGACGAGAUGGGCACCACUUUCAUAUCUGUACAAUAAACAUGAAGCUACAGGCAUGAGGUGAUUAGCUUAGCUUAGCACAAACACUGGAAACAGGGGGAAACAGCUAGCCUGGCCCAUUCCAAAUGUAAAAAAAUCAGCCGGCCAGCACCUGUAAGGCUCACUGCUUGACACUCCAGGUCUUUUAUCACCCUCGGACGAAGCCAAACUCACUGUUUCUCCCAGCUUCCAGUCCAAAAAUAAGACUCUGGGUUCAGAUUAACUCACAUAUGUAACAAUGAUGUUGAGCUUCUCAUCUAACGCAGGGCAAGAGAGCAAACAAACAUAUUUCCCAAAAUGUUGAACUAUUUCUUUAAGUAGCACAAUUAUGGCACAAUUUUUCUAAAAUAGAGGUGAUUUAUGUAGAUUUAUCUCUGCACUGCUCUUGUUUGAUUAAUCAGGUCUGGUAGCUUUUUAAUUUGACAAUGAUGACAAUGAAGAUAUGUAUUGAUUAUGAAUGUUUUUACUGUGUUACGGCCAGAAAAAUACUUUUUUUCAUGGAAUGUAUCAGAAAUUCACAUUUGUUGAUUGAUUUUUUCAUUCCAUUUUUUUUGACUGUAUAUUGAUUUUUUUUUUUACAAUGGUUAUCCAUUUGUAAAGUUACAUGUGUAGAAAUAAUUUUUCAAAUAUGCACUUUUACUAAAGGUUGAAUUUAUUUAUUUAUUUUUAAAAACCUUGUUUUUAAUUUCUUUCUUGGAGAUGUUCUAUGGGUCGACAGGAAAAACAACAUCUGUGAUAAGAUCACGUGUUUAUCAGUGGUUUUUAGCAUCUCAACAAAUAAACACACCCACGCACAUUUUGGCUUCGCCUUUGAUGUGCACACUGACAUUUUUCACUGUUGCCUGCACACUGAAAUAAAUGUUUGUCCUUAAUUAUGCAUCAUAUUGGGUUUUGGCAUCUAGAUUCCACUAUGUUUCCAGUCGUACCUCAGAUCAGAGUGUAAAAACUAGACCAGUAGUGCCUUAGCACAGUGUUUUUGAACUUGCUUUGACAUUUUACAUUAACAUAAAAGACACUUGCUCUGCUUUUCAAUCCCUCAUUGUGUCU